GUAAAAUGGUCGACAAUCACUCUGCUGUCCUUGAAGAAAUCAAGAAGAACAUCCACAGCCUCCACGAGAAGUUUGCUGCCCUGGAGAAGAAGGUCGUCGAGGGCCUUCCCAAGCAGCAGCUCCGUAUGGUUAUCAUGGGUCCUCCCGGUGCUGGCAAGGGCACUCAGGCUCCUGCUAUCAAGGAGAAGUUCUGUGCCUGCCACUUGGCUACCGGUGACAUGCUUAGAGCCGCCGUCGCUUCCAAGUCUCCCCUCGGUAUUGAAGCCAAGAAGGUCAUGGAUGCCGGAGGACUUGUUUCCGAUGAGAUUGUCGUUGGCAUGAUUGAAGAGAACUUGGAUCAGAAUGCCGAGUGCAAGAAUGGUUUCAUCCUCGAUGGUUUCCCCCGCACUGUCGUCCAGGCCCAGAAGUUGGAUGAUAUGCUUGAGAAGAGAAAGAAGCCCUUGAACUCUGUUAUCGAGCUCGUUAUUGAUGACAGUCUCCUUGUGUCCCGUAUCACAGGUCGUCUGAUCCACACUGCCUCUGGCAGAUCUUACCACAGAGAGUUCAACCCCCCCAAGGUCGAUAUGGUUGACGAUAUCACCGGUGAACCUCUUAUCCAGCGCUCUGACGAUAACGCCGAGACCUUGAUCAAGCGUCUCGAUGCUUUCCACAAGCAGACCGGCCCCGUUGCCGAAUACUACAAGAAGAAGGGUAUCUGGUACGGUGUUGACGCCGCACAGUCCCCCAAGGCUGUCUGGGCUUCCCUCAAUGCCAUCUUCGAUAGAACCCUUUAAAGGAAUUCAUCAGAAUACGCAUUAGACUACUGUAUUUUGUUUUUCUAUAUCAUAAAACGACGCAAGAUUGCUUCGAUUUGUUACAACCAAUAAACACCACACCUAUAGGCAUCAUUCAUGACC